AUGGGACUUUGUUUAAAAAUCCAAUAUUUAAAGAAACCAACAAAAGAACAAGAAACAACAGAAUAUGAAUUUGGUGAAACAUCAUUUUCCCAUACUUUCCCAUUUUUGGGUAAGUUAACAACAACAUCAACAACAACAACAGAUCCCUCAUUACAAGUUUUGGAAAACAACAUGUAUCGUUCAGCAAUAUUUAAACACAAAAUACCUUUAACUGACUUUUUACUUGUCCGAACACGUUUUGGAUUCUUUUUGAGACAUUUUCCAAAUUUAUUUGUUGUUGGACAAGAAAUGCCUUUAAUUGAAGUUCCAAGUCCAAAUUCAAAAAGAGCAAAAGAUUUUGGAAGAGAUUUUAUGAUGUCUUGUAUUUAUCGGUUAUUUUGGGAGAAUGACAAAAAACCUAGACGUGUUAGAAUGGAUGAAUUGAGAAGAAUAUUUCCAAAUCAAGAUGCUAUUAUUCGAAAAAAUUUGAAACAAAUUGCUGAAUUUAAAAGAGUUGGUGUUGGAUUGGAAUUUUGGGUAUUGAAAGACGACUUUCGCCUUCCUAGCCGUGAAGAAGUUGCAAGUAUGAUAACACCAGAAAUGUAUUGUGCUCAAGCUUCAAUGAUGGCUGCUGAACAAAGAUUGAGGGAUGCUGGUUAUGGAGAGAAAUAUUUACAUGUUGCUGAGAAUGCUGAUGAUUCUGAUGAUCAACAAAAUAUUGGGGAAGAAGAGAUAAAAUGUGCCCCGUGGAAUACUACAAGAGCAUAUAUAGCAGUUAUGAAGGGAAAAAGUUUCUUGGACCAAACAGGAAUUGCAGACCCUACAGGUUGUGGAUUAGGCUUUUCUUUCUUGCGAGUUAGUGCAAAACCUCAAAAAGUUGCAAAAGAAGAAGUUGACAAAGAAGCACCAAAAAAGCUUGUAACUGGAACAAAUGCUGAUUUGAGAAAGCUCCCAUUAAAAGAAGCUAGGCAAAUGUGUAGAGAAUUUGGACUUUUGGAAGAAGAAAUUAGUCAACUCGAAAGAUGGGAUGUAAUUGAUGUAAUCCGUACUUUGUCGACACAAGCAGCCCAAGGACAAAAAGAUUCACAAGUGUCUAGAUUUGCUAGAGGAAAUGCUCGUUUAACCUUUGCGGAUAUGCAAAAUAAACACAAGGAACAUUGCCAACGUAUUUUUGAAAAGCAAAACAAAUGGUUGGCAAAUACUGAACCUGAUAUUUGUGAUUUGGAUUGGGAAUCGAGUGGCGAUGAACUUUAUGGAACACAACUUGGCAAACGUUUUGUUGGUGCAUAUUCAACAACUACAACAUUAAAUGAUGCUGAACAACGUAAAUUAGAAUUUGAACUUGAAGAACGUGAACGUUUAAAUUUACAAAAAAUGAUUCGAGGUGAAGUAACAAAAAGUGGGGCUUCUGUUUCUGAUGCAGCAAAAGAAGCUGUAGCAGAUAAACAACAAAACAAACAAGAAAAAAAUUCGGAGGAUUUACAGGAUGUUUUUACUGUUCCAAAUCCUCAAAGUCCAGGAGGAGGGACAAUAUCACUUUUGUCAUCUAGUGCUCAAAGAAAAUUAAAAAUUUAUAGAACAAUAAAGAAUACAGAUGGAACUGAAUCGACGCGUGUUGAAACUGUAAUCCACCCACAAUUAAUUGAAGCUUAUGUUCGAAUUCGUUCAACGAGGGAUGAAAGUUUUAUUAAAGUAUAUGCACAAAUGGACGAAAAAUAUAAAGAGGAGAAAAGAAAAGAGAGAAGACGUCAACAAGAAAAUGCUAGAAAAUCAAAAAAAGGAGAUUUACAACAACAAAUACAACAACAAAUCCAAAAAUCUUUAAUUUCUGAAAAAGAAAAGGACAUAACAGAAAGAAUGAAAAUGAUGACAGCAGAAAUUGGAGGAGGACCUUCUUCUUUAAUAUUAGAACAACAACAACAAUUAAUUUCGACAUCACCAAAUAAAAUUAAAAAAAUUGUUGAAAAAAAAGAAAAACCUCCACCGCCACCAAAACCUCCAAAAGAAUUAAAAAUUACUUGUAGUGCUUGUGGAGGUAUUGGGCACAUGAAAACUAAUAGAAAUUGUCCUUUAUAUGGAAAGGAGGAAGAAUUGGCUUCAAAAACUGUUGGGGAAAUUUGUCAGCCUCCAGUUUCUCGUAUAAGCGAUAUUCUAGAUGAAGAAGGUUGUAGUCUUCCAUCAGGGGAAUUAAUAGAAGUUGAUGGAACCAGAUUAAAAAUAUCCAAAAAAUUGUAUAAACAUGCAGAAAAGGAAAGGAAAAAUGCUUUGAGACUUCACAUUCCUCGUAAAAUAUUGGAAAGUGGAGGAGGGGGAAUUGUUUCUAAAAAAUUUGGAAAGAAAGCUGCAAGACUUUCAUUUUCAUCAUCACUUACUAGAGCUAUCCCUCCAGGAAUUUCCAAACAAGAAUUAUUGGCUUCAAUUCCAUCAACUUCGAAUUUUGUUCCUUUAAAUGAAGAUAUUCAACUAGUUUCUUCUUCCCGUAAACCUCAUCCACUUACAAUUAACGUUCCUUCAAUUCCUCCAAAUUCGUCUACUUCAAUUGGGCCUCUUUCUGCAAUUUCUUCAGCUUCUUCAACUGGAGGAGGGGGAGGCCCCUUUUCAACAGGAAAAAGAAGAGGAACAGAUGAUGCCGAUUAUUUGGUUGGGCCACAAAAAUCUGUUCAAAGAAGAAGGGCUGAUCCGCGUGUUUCUAUGGCUAGUUUAUUAAUGGAAAUAUUGAAUGAAUUGAAAGGAUUUGAAGGGUCUGAACAUUUUGCUAUUCCUGUAAAUAUUAAAAAGGUCCCAGAUUAUUUGUCAAUAAUUUCAAAACCAAUGGAUUUGCAACAAAUUCGAAAAAAUGUGGCUAAUAAUAAAUAUGAACUUAGACAACAAUUUUUGAGCGAUUUAACACAAAUUAUAAUCAAUUCAAGUACUUAUAAUGGCCCAACUCAUCCAAUUACUGAAGCAGCUAGAAAGAUGGUUCAAUACGCAACCAAAAAAUUAGAAGAAAAUGAUUCACGUCUUAUAGAAUUAGAAAAACAAAUAAAUCCAUUACUUGAUGAUGAUGAUAUUGUUGGAUUUUCUUAUAUUUUACUUCAAAUAGUUCAAGAAUGUAAAAAUUUGCCAAAAUCUGUUGCUUUUCAUUCUCGUGUAGAUUCUAAAAAGUUUCCAUUUUAUAAUGAUAAAAUUCAACGACCAAUGGAUUUGGGAAAAAUUGAACAAAAUGCAAAAGAGCAUCGUUACACAACUAUUGAAAAUUUUAGAAAAGAUUUUGAACAGAUUGUAGAAAAUAGCCGCCUAUUUAAUGGUCCACAAUCUGUUUUUACUCUUAAAGCUGAAGAAAUAUUGGCUACAUGUAAUCAACUUUUGGAAAAAUCUGGAGAACCUUUGGCUGAAUUAGAAUUUAAUAUACAAAAAGUUUUGAAAUUUAGAGAAGAUACUAGUAAUUCAUCACAAAAUUGGCAAACAAUAAAUAAAACAAAAGAAGAUGUUUCUCAAUUAAAUAGAAUAGAAGAAGAAGAAAUUUCUUCGAGUAAAAAAGAAUUAUUAUCCCAACCAAAAUUUUAUGUUGGUGAUGAUGAAGAGGAGGGAGGAGAGAGGGAAGAAGUAGUAAAUGAAGAAGAAAAUAAAAAUGAAGAUGAAAUUGUAAAUUUGGAUUUGAGUGAUUCUGAGGAUGAUGAGGAAAUUUUAGAAAAGAAAAUACGUUUGGAAUAA